GCCCAAUUUCUAUGUGAAUACUUUCAAAAUAUAAACAAAAUAUGUAAUAUUUUUUAUUUCCAAAACUUUCUCUAAAAUUUAUAGUUAUGAGUAACGAGCAAAGGCAAAAUGAAGGACAACCUGGCAACCAAGAUGACACGUUUCGUGAUACAAAAGAUGCCGCCUACGAAGAUUCAUCUCCGCCUAAAGGCAAGGAACCACCAACAGCGGUUCCAGCUGCAGCUGCAGGAGGAAAGAUGCCAAAUGAACGGGCAUUUCCUCCAGAUCAGCAACCUGAUCCCAACAAACAACCUAAAAGAUUUAUAAAAACCACUGAAGACGAAGAGGACACGAUUUUUGAGAAAAUCCUGUACUUUGGUUCCAUAGCUCUGGCCAUAAUAUUCUUUCCCAUUGCUUUUUUCUUGUGUAUUGCUGUGGUGAAGGAACACGACCGAUUGGUAGUCUUUCGUCUGGGACGAGUCAGAAAGGGUAUACGAGGUCCUGGCAUUUCAUGGGUUCUUCCCUGCAUCGAUACUUGGAUGACUGUGGAUAUGAGAACCAUUUGCGAAGUGGUGCCUUCUCAGGAUAUCCUUACCAAGGAUUCGGUGACGAUCCGAGUGGAUGCAGUGCUCUUCUACUGCAUCUACAGUCCGAUGGAUGCUGUCAUCCAAGUGGCCAAUGUGUAUGAGGCCACCAUGAUGAUAGCCCAGACGACUCUUAGGAAUAUAGUGGGAUCGAAAUCUCUUAUUCAAUUGCUGACCUCUAGGGAAGCUCUCUCGCGAGAGAUUGGCUAUGAAGUGGAUGGCAUAACUGAGAGAUGGGGUGUGAGAGUGGAAAGGGUUGAAUUAAAGGAUAUUCGUCUGCCAGAAAGCUUGCAAAGAUCCUUGGCCAGCGAGGCUGAGGCUCAUAGAGAAGCACGAGCCAAGAUAAUAUCGGCUGAGGGUGAACUGAAGGCGUCGCAGGCUCUUAAGGAUGCCUCUGAUGUCAUGGCUGAGAAUAAAAUUACAUUGCAGUUGAGGCAUUUGCAAAUUCUAACAUCGAUCGCCUCAGAGCGCCAGUGCCAUAUAAUCUAUCCAUUCCCCAUGGAAAUGAUGACACCCUUUGAGAAAUCUGGAAAAGGAAAGAGUGGUGGUGGUGGAGGAGGAGGCGGUGGUGCUGGCAAUAACAACAAUGCGUAUCCGUCAUUUAUGCCAUUCUUUGGCGCCAAAGAGGAGUCUCCACUACCUCCGCCAGCUACGUCACCGCCACCACCACCCGCACCAGGACCGGCAGCGUCACCCAACAGUCAACCCGAAAAUAAGCCGAGACCGUACAUGGACUCUCAGAUGGAUCCAUUAUCAAAGGCCACUAAUACAAAAUAUUCCCUCCUGGCCAUGCAGAUCUAUAAGGAAUUUAAUCGAUCUUAAAGAGUUGUGUGCUUUGAAAUGAGUGGAACUUCCAAAAAAUAAGUGUUGCGGAAAGCCCCAGAGUUAUUUGUAAUGUAAUAAUUAUUAACUAAUAUUGUUGUCAAUUAGCUUAUUAAUAAAAGAAAAACCAACGAAA